UUCUCCUGAGGUUUAGGCGCCCGCAGCUACCGGCCAGCCAGUGGGGAGCGGGCUGUGCGAGAAGGUGGCUGUGAGAGGCGUGUGAGGUCGGCGCACAGGAGGCAGUGGGCCCGUAUCGGCUCACGGAAGCUGCUGAGGCCGGGGUGAAGGCCGAGCCGAGCGGCCGUGUGGAGUCGCUGGAUAUUGAAAUGGCUACUCCCCAAUCAGUUUUCAUCUUUGCAAUCUGCAUUUUAAUGAUAACAGAAUUAAUUUUGGCUUCCAAAAGUUACUAUGAUAUCUUAGGUGUGCCAAAGUCGGCCUCAGAGCGCCAAGUCAAGAAGGCCUUUCACAAGUUGGCCAUGAAAUACCAUCCUGAUAAAAAUAAGAGCCCUGAUGCUGAAGCAAAAUUCAGAGAGAUUGCAGAAGCAUAUGAAACUCUCUCAGAUGCUAAUAGGCGGAAAGAAUAUGAUACACUUGGACAUAAUGCUUUUACUAAUGGUAAAGGACAAAGAGCUAGUGGAAGUCCUUUUGAGCACUCGUUUAACUUCAAUUUUGAUGACUUAUUUAAGGAUUUUGAUUUUUUUGGUCAAAACCAAAAUACUCGGUCCAAGAAGCAUUUUGAAAAUCACUUCCAGACACGCCAAGAUGGUUCCAGUAGACAAAGGCACCAUUUCCAGGAGUUUUCUUUUGGAGGUGGUUUGUUUGAUGACAUGUUUGAAGAUAUGGAGAAAAUGUUUUCUUUUAGUGGUUUUGACACCACCAACAAUCGACAUACAGUACAGACUGAAAAUAGAUUCCAUGGAUCCAGCAAGCACUGUAGGACUGUCACUCAACGAAGAGGAAAUAUGGUUACUACAUACACUGACUGUUCAGGACAGUAGUUGGUUCUUUUUCUGUUCUCAUUAAACCCAAUUAGUUGACUCCUCUUCAGUAUCUUUGAUGCAGAAAGAAUUUUUCUGUGAACUAUUUUGACAAGUGCAUGAUUUCACUUAACUUAAUAUAGCUAUUAAAUAUAUUUAAAUUGUUUUUGACAAUUCAGCAACAUUUAAUUAGGAGACCAAUAGCUAAUUAAUUUCCCUGAUUAGAAAAGAUUCUUUACAAAAAGAUACUAUAAUUCUGCCUGGUCUUUUUUUCUCUACUUGUCCUUGGGCUUAUUAACAUGACCAGUAUCAUUACCAAGGAAAGAAUUGACUUUGCCUGAUAAAUAUUUAAAGGUUAAACUUUAAAAGUUAUUCUAGAUUUAAAUUGUGUGAACAUGAAUUAUUUUUGGGGAGUGAAACCUUUGCUAAUUUAAAAUUGCAUGCUCUGUGGCAUCUCUGACUUAGAUUGCAAAAUAUAUGUGAAACUGUAUAAUUCAGUUGUUCAGCAAAGGAUGACAAGCAGUAUCUUGUUUAAUUUCCACUGAAAGCUUGAAAAAAGUAUGGUUUAAUAAGAACCAUGCAGAAGAAUUCGAGUAAAGAAAAUAAUCGUGUUGCUCAUAGUCUUAUUUAACACCAAAAGACAGUUGAAAGCUUCAGAAGUAUUGCCAAGAGAUUGUUAUCUGUUUGAUCCCUGGCUAAUGAUUUUGUAGUGUUGAAGUCAUAGCUGUUUUACACAUCUUUUCACAUUUCUUUCUUAGUUGGCCCUCUCGAUCUUAGUGUCGAUUUAUGUAUUUUUGUGUGUGUGUGGUUUUUCUUCUUUGCACUCAUCUUUAGAGAUUGACUAAUACCUCAUUCUGUUUAUAAAAACAGCCAGUAAUUUCUGUGCAACCUUAUUAUGUGCAAUAUUUUUAAAUCCUAAGAAAUGUGUGCUUUUGUUUUCAGAUGGACUUUAGUACUGCACUUGUUCCGUGUUGUACUCCAUAUGAGUACUAAUCCUAUGGAUACAUAUUAAAACUAGUAAAUAUCUCAUACAGCUUUGUGAGUGAGAGAAAUAUAAUAUUUACAAUAUGAUCUCGUCAUUUUAUUCUUAAAAGUUUAUUCUGCAGUUCUGGAGGGUAUAUAAGCAAUUGAGCUGCUAAUACUGAUCAUAGACUGUAUUCUAGAAGUUUGAAGACCUUGUUAAUUUUGGUAUAUUUGCUUGCUAGGAGCAAGUAUUCUUGCCACUGGUUCGUUCCGCUUCAGGCUUGGUUGGGAAAAAGACUGCAUGAAUCUAUAUUUGUUAGUAAUCGUCUUUAAUUUGAAAUCUGCAAAGAAAAUGAAUAUUACAUUUAGGUACCUUUAUUAGUUCCUAAAAGUUAUACAUACUACUUUCAUUUGAUAAUAAGAAAAUCGCCUGCCUUGAAUUUUGGUCUAAAAAUUCUCUGUGGCCUAUUAAACAGAAAAAGUAAGGCAAAAACAUAAGCCCCCCCCCCCCAAAAAAAAUUCAAAUCACAAACAUGAAAGAUUAUUUUAUCUAGUUUUAAACAUUUGACCCCCCCCUUUUUUUUUAACUUCCCAUUUGGCUCUUUGGCAUACUUUUUGCAAGGGAAAAUGUACCAUGAGUCAUACACACUUAUGAUACAAGCUAAAUAUAAAGAAAGAUGCUUAGAUAAUCUGUAGGUAUGUGUGUGUGAGUAAUUAGCUGUGUAAGCAACUAGAAAUUAGAGCAGUAAUCAGUAUAACAGUUUCCUCCAUAAUUUAGAAUUUUUUUCUUCAUAGUUUGUAUAGGUUGAAUGUACAAAGAGAACAGUGAACUCCUGUAGUUAUGCAUGACCAAUAUGAUAGCUUAAUCUUUACUCCCUAUAUAAGUCAACACAAAAUCUAUCACCUUUUUCCUUCUACAUAAAAUAGUGACAUAACAUGACUUUAUAUUUUUCUUGA